CGGCCCUGGCUACACCACGUGGUGUCACAGCGCGCGCCGUGCGAGUGACCCGGCAGCAGAGGCUGACCACUCUCCUCCCCUGCCGCCUUUUGUUUAUUCACUCCGCGCCCGCCUCGGGUCUCGCCGCCGUCGGCCGUCCCUCCUCGUCCGCCGGGCGCUGCUUUACGUCGUGCGACACCCCGUGAGCUGCGGCUUGAAGGAAGAGAAUGGAGAAAAAAGAUGGCCCUCAUGCUGCUAAGUCAAAGGUGGUUAAGGAAGAGGCUCUCUGGACUGGAAAAUGGCUUAAAGUGGAACAGACAACAUACUUGGAUCCAAAAGGACAAAUAAGGACCUGGGAGACCGUGAAAAGGACAACGAGGACGGCGAGCUGCGGCACUGACGGUGUAGCCAUCAUGGCCAUCCUCAAGCGAACGCUACACCACGACUGCCUGCUGCUGGUGAAGCAAUUCCGGCCGCCCAUGGGCUGUUACACGAUAGAGCUGCCCGCCGGCCUAGUUGACAGCGGGGAGACAGUGCAGGCAGCUGCUCUACGGGAGCUGCAGGAGGAGACCGGCUAUCACGCUGAGAUCACCGGCGUGUCUCCAGUUCUGUGCCUCGACCCGGGCAUUUCCAACUGCACGGAGCUGCUCGUCUCUGCCGUCAUCAACGGGGACGACCCUGAAAACCGGAGGCCUCAACAGGAGCUUGAUGAAGGAGAAUUUAUUGAGGUUCUGUUGGUGCCAGUCAAUGAACUUCUGCAAAAGCUGACAGAGAUGUCCAACAAGGGGAUGGUGGUCGAUGCCCGGGUCCAUAUCUACGCAAUGGCUCUCGUCCAAGCCACGGCCAAGCCCAACCUGCUGCCACUGCUCAAGGCAUAGGACAUCGAAAACGGGGAAUCCCAUCUGACCGACCAGAUGGGGACACCAAAAAUACCAUGCGGCGAACACCUACCAGAUCGCGUGGGAUUUUUGCACAAUGCGACGCCAUGCCAAGGCUGUCGUGAAAGUAGAGUGGUUGGGUGUGUGCGUGUGUAUGUGUCUUUGUUUCGGGAGCGGGAUUGCAGUGGUUAGCGUACUGCACUACGAAAUCCGGCAAACUAGGGGCCCUCUUCUAGGUCGACUCAGCCUGAAAUGGGUACCUGGUGCAGUGUGUAAACAUCACUGCUAGGAAGACAAUGGUAACCGGACGUGAUGCUAGCCUUGUUUGCCAUUUCUGCAUUCAUAGAUAGUCGUUCGCAGCACUUGCCCCAACAGCCUGUGAAGGCUAUAGGGGGAAUAGUUCCUUAUUAUGUGGUAGUAUAGUGAUUUGCGCAUUGCGCUAUGAAUCUGGUAACCUUAGUUUGGUUUCCGGCAGCGACUAACAUCAGUGGUGAUUAUCUGAACCGGUCCUGAGCCUCCCCAAAGUGGACGCAACUGUAAAUGAGUACCACGUGCGACGUGUAAACAUCAGCACUGGGGAGACAAAGGCAGCUGGGUGUGGUGCUGGCCACGCAACCACCCUCUCCUGUGCUGUGCCAGCCUUUAUUAGGUGAUAGCUAACAGUACUUGCCCCAACAGCCUGUGUGGGCUCUAUAGGGGACCUUUGUAUGUGUGCUUUGGUUGGUUGGUUCCUUUUAAGUGUGGUGAUUGCAAAUUGGGCAUUGUCCUUUGGUCACCUUUACCUCACCUCUCCUUUUCCAGUAGACUGAGGUUUAGCUACGAAUUCCCAUGGUGCUUGCUUUCUUGGCUACAUGACCUGGUGAUGUCCUAUUUAUUGAUCUGAUCAAGAGGCACCAGACUCAUGGUUGGAUAUUUGAGAUCUUGUAUAGCAGAGCAUAGCUUUUAUUUGGACAUCUUAAUGAUGCCUUUGCCAAAAAUAGUCUCAUCUUGUCUUGAGCUAAUUAGCAAUACCCAGAGUGCAAAUCCUCUUUUAAUUUUCUUACAUUCCAUUUUAAUUUUGUUUAUUCCCUUACUGAUUCUCAAGGUUUUCAGGGGGGUCCUGCAUUGGGAUGUUUGGCCGAUUUUUUUAUUAAUAAUUAAUCAGUCUCACGUGGGAGGAAACCAGAGUAUCUGUUGAAAACCCAGGGAUGCCAGGAGGUUACACUCCCAGCUUCUCAGCAAUGGAUUCAAGAAUCAAUGGAUUCAAGAAUCCAUUGCUGACCUCCCAUAUUAAGACCUCACCGUGAUCCAUAACUUGUGGUGAAAAUGUCACCAUUGCUGUUGUAGGAGCCCCAAUAUCUGAUUAAUGUGUCCACUGUUGACUUACAAAUGGUUCAUCGGCCUGUCUAUCAUUUUGACGAUGACAUCGGUAAAUGCUUGGUGUGCCAGUGCAAGGCUUUCUCCAAAUUCGGGGAAUAGAAAGCCUCUUCUAUAGAUUGACAGGUCAUGGUGGAAUGGUGAUCAUUGUUAGGGCCCAUUACAACAAAAAAUGCCAGUGGAAUAACAGUGGCUGAGCAACAUUGCAGGAACCUUGAGUGGGAUUUUACUGGGUUGAACGAAGUUGUAAACUGAGUGUACCAGCCUGCAAUAGAUUAAUGUGUCCGUCCGUCCGUCCCCUUUCAAUACUUUAACGAAGUGAAAUCUCGUGCUGUUGGGUGUAAUAAAAUUGCGCAAAAUUCCAAUGUUCCUACCAGCCCACCCUACAGGGACCUGUUAACUCGUGACCUUGUCACCUUGAAUAUUUUGUCUUGAGGUGGAUUUUUUAACAGGCAACAUUCGUCACUAACGCUGCCAUUAAAUAAGGGACAUUGCUCAAAAACGUCACCUAUUAUAAUGUUCUUGUGGUCCAUGGCGGUGUUAUUGACAGACGUGUUGAGAUUUUAAGACCAGUGCACUGUAUUGAUGUUGUCUUAGCUUGCACAUCAAAAUAAAUGUCAUCGUCUUCACUGUUACGGAACACAAAGCAAAGUGGUGUAGAAUCGAUUUUAGAUUGAAAUUACAGAAAACAAUUGUUGUAUAACUUGUUUUUUAUUUGUAUCAUAUUUACAUUAGAUACAAGAAAAACAUCUGAAAGCAGUGUUGGAAACAGAUACUUACAUUACCUGUAGCCUAUUGUGUGAGGUCGUGAAUGUUUUUUCAUUUGCCUCCACCCGCGCUUUAGCGACUGCCGUGUGUAAUGCAGUGCGGCAGCAGUGAUGCUCCGAUGAGGGUCAAUUCACACCUUCAAGCAGCCGGCAUUGCAGCCGUAGAAUUUAUACACUACAGUAUUACAAUAACGACCACGGAAACGAGCGAACAUUCUCAUGUGUUUUUGCGAGCUUAACAGCCAAAUUAGAGCAGUUUCGCCAACACGGCGACAUUGUUCAUUUCGUAGGAGCACAUCGUUAGCCGUUAGUGCAAUUGUUUCUUGCAAAUUGGUUCGGCCUGGUGUCAAACAGGGUUUCAUUAAAACGCAGUGCAAAGGCACUUAAAGUGACAGUGAAACCGGUGACGACAACGACUAGUUUUGUAUCGAUAUGCGCCCUCAGUCAUCUGGAUGUUGAUGAGAAUUGCACACCGAACGAUGGAUCGAAUCCAUUUUUACAUUCGUAUGAUACCUGUCAAAUCACCCGCGCGAUAACUGAUUAUGUAAGUCAUGAAAACUGCGAUCAUAGGCACAUGCGUUACACAAAAUUGCAAAUGAGUAGUGAACUUGUAACAAUGAGAUAAAACCAAUCUUUUGUCUCUUAUUGCAACUCGAAUAAAAAUCUUAACGGUGAUUACGAUCCAUCAAAUCACUGUCGGAGGGGGGGGGGGGGCAGGGAGUGCAUUGUGUCAUGCAUAACGAAACUCAAGUUAGAAAUGUUCUGUCAAGCUUUUACAAGGGGUAAGCACAUAGCACCUUCUUAACACAGCUUCUCCGUUCAGAGAAUGGCUCAAAUACCAAACGUAUUUGCCCGUAAUGUAAAGCAAAAUAUCCCCGUUGAUUUUAAUAGGUGCAUGCACGCGCAGUAAUUCGCCGAGGUUAUAUUGAUAUAAACAUGUGAAUGUUCCUAUAUCUAAAUUCUAAAAUCAUUCUGCAACAGAAAAACGUUUCGUAGAAGCAAACCGGCACAUUGUGACUCCAGUUGAAGAAUGCAACCAGCCCUGCUUUCGAUUCACAGUUGGGCGAGUGGCAGGCAGGUGGGUGAACAACUGGAAUUCAUUCGAAUCCUAAUUAGGGUUUUUUUAAUUCCGCACUGAUGCGACCCCACUGCCCGUCUGGCAAACCAGUCACGCAGAUAAUCCGCACAUGUUGCAUUGAUUGACUUGAGGUGCACUGAUGGGAGUGAAUUACAUUGCAUUCCAAGUAUUCCAUCGUACCACUGCGUAGGUUUUUUGUGGUUGUGCCUGUGUUGUUCGGCAUAUCUACUUAAAAGUGCUGGGGGCUCCUUCCCUAUGCCGAAUGGGGUUCCACACAUCAGGGAGCUAGCCAUUCUAUCAUCACGCACCUUAAAAGAAACUCAAACCCCGAGUAACCAGCUGUCACUGCACACCCAGUUUAAUUCCAAUGUAGCAAAUAAAAACAUGAUCUUUCUUA